AUGCUGGUGACGCUGCGGCGAUAUGCCACCAUCAAUUCGGACAGGAAGCUCAAGAUGAAAGGCAAAACGCUGACCCUCGAGCAUUUCCUACAACGCCAGAGAGUAGUGGCCUUGUGGCGCGAUUGCGUACGGGCGAUCAAUAAGAUUCCUCCUUCUGCCACCAAGGACGAAAUGCGCCAUUUUGCCAGGCACGAGUUCGAGAGAUUCCGGCACAUCGACGAUCUACAGCACAUCCGCUAUUUGCUUUCCACUGGCAAGACCCAGCUGGACAGCAUGAGGAGAUAUGUCGAGCAAAAUGCCAUGUGA